AUGCUCGACGGAACUAUGGCUAAGAUGUGCUUCUUAUUCAGAAAGAAGACGAAAUGUGACGGAAAGAGACCUGCCUGCUCAGUUUGUCUGCGGACUGCUAUGGCAUGCGCCUAUCCUCAUCGGAAGCCUCGGGAGCAUCUUCGGCGCAAUGCCCAGCACCAAGCUGUGCAUCCCAUGGGCCAAGGCGGAAGCCAACAGAGGACCCCGAGUUCAGAGCUCGCAUGCCAGGACAAAGUGCCAGCAAAUAGCUCAGUAUUCCAUGACCUGAACUCAGCAAAUUCCACGGUGCUCGAUGUGGAAUAUUGCCCCGACACCAGAGGCUUAACACCGGCCGCUGCGAGGCAAACGAGCUAUCUUCAAUGCAUUGACUACGACAUGCUUGACUUUUUGCAGGAAACGAUGCCUGACUUUUGGCACAGUAUUGACGAGGGGCUGGCACCGGUGCAACCAGACAAGUCCGUAUCCGCGGGAAACCUCGUUGGCACUGGUCCCAGUGUCUCUUCCAGCGAACACGAAGUUGCUUUAGCUACCCCCCGUCCUGAGCUAAACGCAUGGCCACCGCUGGCUCCAGAAGCUACCCCAAAUGUGGCUCAAGCACCAGCUUACUCACUUAACAUCCCGUCUGACCUUUUUGAUGAGCUAGAUAUCUCCAGAGAGACCGCUUUUGUCCUCAACGCCAUGUUUUCCUUAUCCGCCCGGUUUUCUGAAUCAUCCUUCUUUGCCCAUGUGGCCGUCAAGGAACGUGGCAUUGAGUUUGCAAACAGUGCACAGGCAAUUUAUGAUGAGUGGCAAAGUCACCCAGAGGAUGGCGUGCCCUUGUUAAGAUGGGUUCAAGGCUGUAUCCUAGUAGCCUACUAUAACCAGUCGAGUCGGUCCGCUUGGGAUAGCAUGCCUCUGAUUGAGGCCUGCGCGGAACUUGCCCGUAAGCUCGGCUUGGACCGGGUCUCCUCUGACCUCGACCCGUCUCAAACCCUCGAUAGCCAAGACUGGAUUGCAAAAGAAGAGCAACGUCGGGCAUGGUGGUCCAUCUGGGAAUUGGAUGCGUUCAAUUCCGUAGUGUCCCGUCGCCCUCUAAUGAUCAAUCUUAGCCAUUCCCAUACAUCGCUGCCGGUUUCGGAUGAAGUUUGGUACACAGGUGUCCCCGUCGCGUCGGCGCGGUUCCAUGCGGACCCGUUACUCUGCUGGAAGAGCCUAAGGGAUACGCCCGACAAAGAUGAGCGUGCGUGGUUCUUGAUUAGCAACUAUAUUAUGGUGCAAACAUACGCGCUUGGUUUUCAAACGACCACCAAUGACGCAGACAUCGACAAAAUGGAGACAGUGAUUGCGUGCUUCGCCCUUCUUUAUGAGGAACGUUUUCCUAUCCCUGUCGGCCACCUGGUCUCCCGUCACACCGACUGUACGCGAAGGAAUUGGGUUGUCUUCACCUACCUAAUGAUAUACUAUACUCGGCUCAUCAUUGUUCUGCUGAGCAAUCGGAAACACUCAGAACCAGUCUUUUCAAAUUCAGAUAGUAUGAUCGACCGCUCUGGCAGGCCCGUGCACGGACUACGAGCGCGUACCCUACCCAGCACCAUUAUUGUGAAGAUGCAGCAUUCUUUUCACGAGAUCUUUCGCAUCCUACGCUCCUGGUCACCGCAGUCAAUCAUGUUUUCUCCCCCAUCAAUGGUUGGUCUCGUAGUCGGCCCGUCCCUCAUCAACCUGACCUUCGUCCGGGAUCUGCGACAACCUGCGCAGAGGGAAGGCGGCCCGAGCCAACCCAGCAUUGAGGAAGAGCUCCUAAUACUCAUUCUGAAUCGGUUUGCCCGUUACUGGAACAUAGGCCAUAUUUUACUUACAUUGGCACGUCAUCUUCCGGCAUGA